GGGGUCCCCUGUCCCAGCUUUUCGUCGCCGCCAGCGGCUGGACGAGCCCCGGCCCUGCUGGCUGCCCUCGCUCGGCCCUGGCGCGCAGGGGGUUAAGGGCUGCCGCGGGCGGGCGGGCUGGCGGGCGCGGCCCGGCAGGGAGGGGGUUAAGUGCCUGGCUGCUGCGGAGGCUGCCACUCGGCUCCGCGGCUCGCUUGGAGUCGGAGCCGCAGCCGCUCCAGCGGGAAGAUGGCGACGGAGGGAGCGAGCGGGCAGCCCGGCUCCGGCGGCCAGGAGGAACCGGCGGGAACGAAAAGAGAGUUUGAUGUGGAUAAUCUGAGCAAGCCAGAACUGCGGAUGCUCCUUAGUGUAAUGGAAGGGGAACUGGAAGCACGGGAUCUUGUAAUUGAAGCCUUGAGGGCACGCCGGAAGGAGGUUUUUAUCCAGGAACGGUAUGGGAGGUUUAAUCUUAGUGACCCAUUUCUGGCUCUGCAGAGAGACUAUGAGGCAGGUGCUGGUAGUAAAGAAAAGAAGUCCAUCUGUACCAACCCCCUCUCCAUUUUAGAAGCUGUCAUGUCUCACUGCAGAAAAAUGCAAGAGAGAAUGUCAGCUCAGUUGGCUGCUGCUGAAAACAGACAAAAGAAGUUGGAAAUGGAAAAGUCUCAGUUACAGGUGCUUGAGCUGGAGCAUAAGAAGUUGUCUGCUCGCCUUGAAGAAGAACGUGGCAAGAAUAAACAUGUAGUAUUGAUGCUAGUGAAAGAAUGUAAACAGUUGUCUAGCAAAAUUGUAGAGGAAGCCCUGAAACUGGAAGAAAUAAUGUCAAAAUUUGAAGAAGAAAAAAAAAAGGCUAAUGAAUUGGAGGAAUCUCUUGCAGCUGAGAAACAAAGGAGUACACAAAUGGAAGCUCAAAUGGAAAAACAGCUCUCUGAGUUUGACACAGAAAGGGAGCAACUGCGUGCCAAACUUAACAGAGAGGAAGCACAUACUAGUGACCUCAAAGAAGAGAGAGAGAAAAUGAGAAAAAUGAUUGAACAGUUAAAAAAAGAAAAUGACAGUAAACCAAACCUUUCUCUCACUUGUAGAAAUAAAGAUAAGAAUUUUGUUUCAGUAUCUGUUGAAACAGAAGUCCCAGCUUCAAGAACUAUUGCCUGUCAGACAGAUACAAUGCCGAUGGACAUUAGCUCUGAAAAUGUUAGGAAGUUGCCUUUGACUGUGCCUGUAAAACCUUCAGCAGUGAACUCUCUGGUUUCUGGCAGCACAAAAACGAAUGUAUCCGCCAAUGCAACAUUUGUGAAACCAGUCAUUGAUAGGCACUCUUCCUGUAGUGAACUGAUUGUCCCAUCCACGACUCCUAUUCUGACUCCAAGUCAAAACAGAAUUGAGGAAAAUGGACCAAGUACUGGCUCAUCACCAGAUUUAACAAAUAGCACUUCCCCCUUUCCAAGUAAUGCUGCCCUCUCUGUUUCUCCAGCAUCAAGUAUUGCAUCUCAGAACUACUCACUAGCUUCAUCUAUGCACAGUUUACAGUCACAGUCUGCCAACACUACUGUGCAUCCAGGCCUAAAUCCUCGAGUCCAAGCAGCUAGAUUUAGAUUUCAAGCUAAUGCUAAUGAUCACGACCAAAAUGGAAACACUACCCAAAGCCCUCCGUCAAGGGAUGUCUCUCCCACUAGUCGUGACAACUUAGUUGCCAAACAGCUAGCUCGGAAUACUGUCACCCAAGUCCUUUCAAGAUUUACAAGUCCUCAAGGUGGUGCAACUUUGCGGCCUGGAAUGUCACAUUCAGUUGAAGUUGGCACCUAUCCCCCAGUUGGUAGAAUGGGUUUAAAGACUCCCAAUGUAUCAAGAAUUGACAGAGGAAAUCCUCCACCUAUUCCUCCAAAAAAACCAGGGCUUUCGCAAACUCCUUCUCCACCACACCCACAGCUUAAAGUUAUUAUAGAUAGUAGUCGAUCCUCUAAUAUAGGUGUAAAAUUUGACAGCAAAACCAUGAUUUCACCUCCUUCCAGUUCAUCACAAGGAAUCAGGGUAAUAAAUGAGGAAAUUAUUUCUAAGUCCUCACCUCAGCUGCCACCAAAACCUACUAUAGAUAUAUCUAUGGCAUCUGCAGGCUGUGCCAUACCAGCCAUGGCCACAUCUCAGGUGGGUGCCUGGCCUUCCCAAUCCCCUGGACUGAACCAACCUGCAUGUUCAGAAAGUUCCUUUGUCAUUCCCAUCACCAUUGCCUGUAGUUCCUUCAUAAACCCCGUUAGUGCUUCAUCCUGUAGACCAUGUGAUUCAGACAGCCUACUGGCAACAGCAUCAGGCUGGUCUCCCUCCCUAACCCCUUUGUUAACGAGUGGUGGUCCUGUCCCCCUGGGUGGCAGGCCCACCCUUCUUCACCAAACUGCUGCCCAGGGAAAUGUCACUUUAUUGUCAAUGCUGCUUAAUGAAGAAGGAUUGGACAUUAAUUAUUUCUGUGAAGAUGGUUAUUCUGCCUUGUAUUCUGCUGCUAUGAAUGGACAAACAGAUUGUGUGAGAUUGCUGCUGACUGCAGAAGCACAAGUUGAUGCUGCUGAUAAAAAUGGCUUUACACCCUUGUGUUCAGCAGUUGCUCAGGGACAUUUCAGGUGUGCAGAAUUAUUAAUUAUGCAUCAGGCUGACGUUAACCAUGCUGCUGAAAGAGGACAGACGCCUUUGUACCUAGCCUGUGGAAAUGGAAAUAAUGAAUGUAUCAAACUUUUGCUUGAAGCUGGAGCAGAUCGAAGUGUAAAAACCAGUGAUGGCUGGACACCAAUUCAUGCAGCUGUGGAUUCUGGUAAUGUUGACAGCCUCAAGCUCCUUAUGUACUAUGGAGAAACAGACAAUGGAAACUUUAUGAAUGAUGCACAGCCUAAUUCAGGCUUCUUUGACUUGGAAUGCAGAGAAGACAGCUAUCCCAGUAAAGCAAGACCUGUUGUUUCUGCAGAUCUCAUCAACCAUGCUGACAAAGAGGGUUGGACUGCUGCCCAUAUAGCAGCAUCAAAAGGCUUUAAGAACUGCCUAGAAAUCUUGUGUAGCCAUGGUGGACUAGAGGCUGAAAGGAAAGAUAAGUGCGAUCGAACGCUGCAUGAUGUUGCCACUGAUGACUGCAAACAUCUCCUGGAGAACUUGAAUGCUCUUAGAGUACCUUUAAGGAUUUCAGUCAGUGAAAUAGAACUAGCCUACUGUGGUACAGAGGAUUGUGACACAGAAAACACAAUAUGUUCUUUAAAUAUCCGCAAACAGACAUCAUGGGAUGAUUUUUCAAAAGCAGUGAGUCAGGCGGUGACAAACCAUUUCCAAGCAAUCAGCUCUGAUGGAUGGAAGAGUCUAGAAGACCUGACAUUUAAUAAUGCUGCAGAAUCCAACAUUGGCCUCAGUGCAAGCAGUAUAUUCUCCAUUAAAAUAGGAAAUGUUCCAUGGUCAACAGGUCAGAUUUUUCCACAGGCACCGUGGGAUUUUUUGAAGAGGAAUAAAACCGAACACAUAACAGUGUUUUUGUUCGGUCCUCAAGAAGGCUGCUUAAACAGUGUGACUUACGCAUCUAUGAUCCACCUUCAGAUACUGCAGAACUACCUCCGGCUGGUUGAACAAUAUCGUAAUGUCAUCUUUCAUGGUCCAGAAGGAAGUUUGCAAGACUACAUAGCACAUCAGAUAGCGCUCUGUAUGAAGAAGAAGCAAAUGGCUGCUGGAUUCACCUGUGAAAUUGUUAAAGUUGAAGUGGAUGCUGAUUUCUCCAAGGAGCAGCUUGCAGAAUUAUUCAUCCAUAAUGCUUGUCUGGUCCCAGUGAAACAGCUUUCUGUGAGCAAGAAAACCAUUGUGAUUUUAGAGAAUCUGGAAAAAGCUUCAUUAUUUGAUUUACUGGGAGACUUUCUGGCACCUCUUGAGAAUCGUGGUUCUGAAAAUCCUUGCACUUUUCAAAAAGCAAAUGGUGUGCCUGAUGCAUAUUACUUUCAUGAGAACUGCUUUCUAAUGGGGACAAUUGCAAAAUCUCAUCUCCAAGGCUCUGACUUGUUGGUUCAGCAACAUUUCCGCUGGGUUCAACUAAGGUGGGAUGGGGAACCAAUCCAUGGCUUGCUUCAAAGGUUUUUAAGAAGGAAAGUUAUAAAUAAGUUCCGAGGUAAAGUGCCCCCUCCAUGUGAUCCAAUGUGCAAGAUCAUAGACUGGAUUCUUGCCGUUUGGCACCAGCUGAACUCCUGCUUAUCCCGUUUAGGUGCACCUGAAGCACUCAUAGGGCCAAAACAUUUCUUCUCUUGUCCGGUGGAGCCUGGGCAUGGCCAAAUCACAGUGAAGUGGCUGUCCAAAUUAUGGAACACUGUCAUUGCUCCCAGAGUUCAAGAAACAAUACUCUCCAGAGCCUCUGUGAAGAGACCAUCUGCACUGGGACAAACAGCAGCCAAAAAAAGUCCUACUCAAGGUCAACAGGCUGUGGUUAAAGCAGCUCUCAGUAUUUUGCUAAACAAAGCUGUUCUGCAUGGCUGUCCUCUUCCACGAACAGAUCUGGAUAGAUAUAGAGCAGACUUUAAAGGAGGAAAUUUCCCCUUAGCUAUGGUUUCAAGCUACAAAAAUUGUAAUAAGAAAAGAGAGAGUGCUUCCUGGAGAAAGGUGAGCACAAGUCCACGUAAGAAGUCAGGCCAUUCAUCUUCCCAGUCAUGGAGUAAGCAGGAGGCAAAUACAGAAGGUAUAAAAACAAAGAAUGUGUUGCAACAAAAUUGCAACAAAAUGGCUUCUCUUAUCAAAAACUCUUCAGAGAAUGAGCAGCUAAAAGUGUUAAAUCUGGAGCAAAGGCUGUCCCUUGGUUCUGAUGAUGAAGUAGAUCUUGUGCAGGAACUUCAAAGUAUGUGUUCCAGCAAAUCAGAGUCUGAUAUAAGCAAGAUUGCUGAUUCUAAGGAUGAGCUGGUUAUGUUCAGAAGCUCUCAAAUUGAUCCUAUAUUUUCAGCAAGCAAUACUAAUCCAAGUAAAUCGGUGUCACAAAAGGAUGGGAUCCGUCCUCUCAGCAGCAAUCGCACUGUGGAAUGCGCCAACAGUAAAUCAAAGACUGAGUUGGGUGUUUCAAGAGUUAAAUCUUUUCUUCCUAUUCCCAGAAGUAAAGUCACCCAGCCUUCUCAGUACGCAAAAAGCAGCAGCAGUAAUACAAGGCAAAUAGAGGCAGAUGAUGCUAACUCAAAAGAAAAGAUUUGGAAUUUGCACAAAAAAAUACAAAUAGAAAAAUCUAAUAAAUCUGCCUAGCAUACAGUUUUCAGUGUUCACAUAAUCUCUGUAUUAAACAACAAAUAACUCAAAUAUGUAAAUAAUUUUUUUAAAUUAAAAUGGUUUCCUUGUAAUGUAAUGUGUGUACGGGACCACAGUUUAAUUUGUAUGUAAAUAAGAUGUUCAUAAUGAAAAUAUUUUAUUGCUUUAAUCUGGAAAUUAUAUUGAUUUAAACUUAGUAGUGAGAAGUUAUGCCAACCUCAUAAAUGGGUUUUCUAAUAUGGAAAUUACUAUUGCUUAAAUGAUUUUAUUCAGGGGUAUCACCACAGAAAAUUGUGUGUGUGUGUGCGCGUGCGUGUGUGUGUGUGUGUGUGUGUGUGUGUAUAUAUAUAUACAGUAUAUAAAUAUAUUCUAUGAAAUUCAUGUGUUGCAUACAGAUGAGUUGCACAAUAUGUUCAGUACUGGCUUAAAGCUAAUGUACAUGCCUUUUAAAGACUGAACAUGUUUUUAUCUUCACUUAAUGAAAAGUGAAUGGAAUGUGGCAAUAAUUAAAAUGAUUGGAAACAUAGAUCAAUUACUUUCAGCUACAAGCCAUAUUAAAUAUUUUGAUUACCCCAUAGUCUGCCUGCUGAAAUGUGCUUUUGUUUCUCUCUUGCUUAUUGUAGGCUUCAUGUGUUGGAACUGUUAUGAGUUUGCAUUAUAACUCCUAUCUUUAAAAAAGAAAAGAGAGAGACAUAAUGCAAUAAAUCAGUUAUUUCACACAACUUCCCACUCUUCGGGAUGGUUGAAAAUUUGCUCCUCUAAUAAUUGAGUUCUUAAUGUAUGAUGUAAAACUUUUUUACUCUUUCAAUAGCAUUUUAAAAAAUGAAUCUAGGAAAUGAUGUUUUACCAAAACAGAUCUUAUUGAAAGAAUUACAGCACAAGUUUAAUUACAUGGUUGUCCAGAGAUAAUGUAUCAGCAAUAACAUGAAUUACCAUGUAAUUACCAAUUUUUAUAGUGGAUUUACUAUGUAGUUGCUGUGAAAUAACAUUUGAAUUGCAGUUAACCUGAAAUAUUUUUUAUUUCAUUACAGACUUAAAUUACUUUCCCAUUAGAGGAACUGUGUAUAUGUGAAGGAAAUAUUCCAUCUACCCACCCUCUUUAUGGUGGCCACAAUUUAUACUUGUCAAUAGUAAUAAUGUGGAUACAAUCACUGUCUUGGUACCUUAUUAUCUAGUCAGAAGAGGAGGAUACAUAGCUUUCUUAAGAUCAGACCUCAGUGCCACCUGGUGAAUUAUCAAGAGGUUGCUUUAAAAGAGGUAUGGGCAACAUACCUUCCAAAAGAGCACUGUUCAAGUUAAUUUUGGAAGGGGCAAGGGUUACAUAAAUGUACUCCUAGCACUUCACCACAGUGAGUAAGGCAGCCAUCCCAAACUCAUGUCAAUAAAACUUUUGUACU